AUGUGGAAGCAGCCUUUGCAGGUUGUUAAGGCCAAUGUGUCCUCCAACCCAAGGACCUGGAUCGUCAUCGGUCUUAGCGUCGCCGGGAUCGUGAUCGUGGCCGAGACUCAACGGCGAAAACGACGAAGCAGAGCCCAAAUCAUGCUCAGAGAACCAUUUCUGGAGCCUCGCUUCGACCUUCUUCCCUUUCCUCAGCCCCCUCCUCCCGCCGCCAGACAACCCCUUGCUUCCCUCACCUUCGCCAUCAGCGACAUGUCGUUCUCGCUCUCUCUCUCUUUAUUUGAUGUGAAAGGGUAUGUGACGGGGUUUGGGAGCCCGGAUUGGGCGGGAACGCAUGAAGCGGCUACGAAGACGGCGUUGGUAGUGACAGCUCUCUUGAAGAAUGGGGCUACUUGCGUUGGAAAAACAGUCAUGGACGAACUCAACUUUGGGAUUACUGGUGAGAAUGUGCAUUAUGGAACGCCUGUGAAUCCGCAAUUACAGUCGCAUAUCCCGGGAGGUUCUUCCAGUGGUUCUGCUGUGGCUGUUGCGGCUGGUCUCGUUGACUUUGCUCUUGGUAUUGAUACGACUGGAUGUGUGAGAAUUCCAGCAUCAUUUUGUGGCGUCAUUGGGUUCCGACCGUCACAUGGGGCUGUAUCUAUGAUUGGAGUCUCACCAAAUUCACAGAGUUUAGACACUGUUGGAAUUUUUACCAGAGAUCCAUCUAUUCUACACCAUGUUGGACAUGUUUUGCUUCAACUAAAGUCAGUGGAAACUAAAAGGGCAAGGCGCCUUAUUUUUGCUGAUGACCUCUUUCAGCUUUCUAAAGUUCCUACAGAGAAGACAGUACAGGUUGUCACCAAAGCAAUUGAACAUCUAUCUGGGUACCAACCUCCGAAGCAUAUGAAUUUUAGUCAGUAUAUUGCUUCAAAUGUACCCGGUUUAAAAGGAUUUCGUGAAGAAUCCGUAAAACAUCAAAAUGAAAUAUUUACUUUGAAAGCUCUCUCUUCUGUGAUGCUUUUGUUACAAAGAUGUGAAUUCAAAACCAAUCAUGAAGAAUGGGUUAAAUCAGCGAAACCAAGGCUAGGACCUGAUGCAUCAGAUCGUGUUCGUGCAGCAAUUGACUCUACACAUGAAAACAUGAAAACCCUAUAUAAAGUAAGGACUGAGAUGAGAGCUGCCCUUCAAAGUCUCUUAAAGGAUGAUGGAAUAUUAGUGAUUCCCACAGUUGCAGAUCCUCCAUUAAAGCUAAAUACAAAGAAAAGACAGUCAUCUGAGUUCAACGAUAGAACAUUAGCAUUAUCAAGCAUUGCCAGCAUGUCUGGGUGCUGUCAGGUUACAAUUCCAGUAGGAAAGCACAAAGAAAGUCCCAUCUCUAUUUCAUUCAUCGCAUUCCAUAGUGUUGAUAAAUUUCUCCUCGAUACAGUCUUGGAUAUGUACUCUUCAAUUCAGGAGAAAGUCAGCAUUGCAUCCCAUUCAUCGCCAUUGCCAGAUACCAAUGAUAACCUGGAUGUUUCAGAACUCUUAAAAGAGAAGGGAAAUGCUGCAUUUAAGGGAAGGCAAUGGAAUAAGGCUGUCAAGUACUAUACUGAAGCUAUAAAUUUAAACAUGAUGAGCGCAACUUAUUAUUGCAACCGGGCAGCUGCUUACUUGGAAUUAGGGUGCUUCCAGCAAGCUGAAGAGGAUUGCAGUAAGGCAAUAUCACUUGACAAAAAGAAUGUGAAGGCAUAUAUGAGACGGGGAACAGCCAGAGAAUCACUUCUUUGUUAUAAGGAUGCUGCUCAAGAUUUCAAGCAUGCCCUUGUUCUUGAACCUCAAAAUAAGGUUGCCAAUCUUGCUGAAAAAAGACUAAGGGAACUGAUGAGCUGA